CUUUUCCGAGAAAGUGGGCUGAUUUCCGUGGCUAGGUCUAGACUGUGGACCCCUACGGAGAGUAGUCAGCUCGCAAGCCACACUGUGGCAACUGGAGUCUGGAUGCCCCGAAGAUACAAUUCCCCAUCCAGUAAUAUCGCGGGACCUCUUUUCCCGGUCAAAAGCCCGCCUCCACGACCACGACCAACCUAGACCUUCUUUCAACGUUCUACGCACCCGUCGAGCUCCACGACCCGUACCGUCAAAGAUGCCAGGCCAGAGUAAUGCCCGACCCAAGUUCUCCAAAGGCGGUGGUCUUUGUACCCCCCACGGAAUUCACAGUUGAACGGAUAUUUCCAAUCCGCAAUUUAGUUGGUGAUUCAAGGGACACAUUGGCGCAGGAAGUGCUGCAUCAUCCGAUUGCAGAAACGAAAGGAGUUGGUGAAUUGGCAUCUAAAGUUCCGGCCCAAACAUCCUCGAAAGGUGGUGUCGAAGACUCGAAGAAACUAGAUGCUACGCCCAAAUCCACCUCGCUCCCUCCUCCAUACCCGAAAGUGCCUCCAGGAGACACCAUCCGAAAACUCUCCGAAUCAUACUUGGAUGAUGGAGAGGGACACGGCAGAAGGAGAACUGAGAGGGCAAGACUGAUACCUACAACAGACGGAAAACCGGAUGUUCUCCUUGGCAUCAUUUCAGAUCGGACCACUCCGACUUUUCAAAGAUGUGAGGAUGAGCCUAUCCAUACGCCAGGUGCAGUUCAGCAGUAUGGUGUCCUUCUUGCCCUCAAAUUCAAUGACCACGAAGACCGCGAUCUUGAAGUCCGGAUAGCCAGUGAGAAUUCGCGAAUUCUAUUGGGGUACGGGCCGGAAGAGCUCUUUCGACUGAAGUCUUUUAUCAACAUACUCGAUUCUGAGACACAAGAGGAUCUUCUUGCAAGAAUACACAACGCUCUCAAGCAGAGAAGUAACGACAAACACCCGGACAGAACCCAGGAUACCCAGCUCGACGUGUUUCAUGCCACUUUUAUAUUGCCUUCAGGCGCACAAAACGAGCUUUGGUGUGCGCUGCAUAUCGCAAACGGCAGUCAGGAUCUGGUGAUUCUCGAAUUCGAACCGUAUACCGAGAUUUUCAGCUUGCCAGAAGUGGACUAUCAGAAGACCCUUCCCCCGACCCCGGUCCAUACCUUGGAUAUCGACGUCCCACCAGAAGAGCAACAGAAAAGUAGAACUACAAAGAGUUUCCCCCUCAGGAUUACCAAGAUUGCACGACGGAAGAAACAGUAUGGUGUUUCUUCGAUGGAUAUUUUCAAUGCAAUGACUCAAGCACAGCAGCAGCUCGCGGGUGCAAAAUCUGUGCAGCAAGUUCUGGAUAUUGUAGUAGGUAUCGUAGCAGAACUCACUGGCUUUCAUCGUGUGAUGCUCUAUCGCUUUGAUUCACAGAAGAAUGGUUGCGUGGAUGCAGAGCUGGUCAACCCCCAAGCAAGCGAUGAUCUCUUCAGGGGACUGCACUUUCCGGCAUCCGACAUCCCAAAACAAGCCCGGGAACUCUACAAAAUCAAUCGCAUCCGCAUCUUGUAUGAUCGGGACGCAGAGACUGCUCGAUUGGUCUGCCGCGAAUUGACCGACUUCGAAGUUCCCCUUGACUUAACACACUCAUAUCUGCGGGCAAUGUCACCAAUUCAUUUGAAAUAUCUCGGGAAUAUGGGAGUCCGAUCGUCCAUGUCCAUAUCGAUCCUGAUAAACUCCGACCUUUGGGGCCUGGUAGCGUGUCAUGGCUAUGGAGAUCUUGGAAUACGGGUCACACUUCCAAUACGUGAACUCUGCCGAAACAUAGGGGAUUGUGCAGCAACUAACAUCGAACGACUGCUCAUGCUGCAACGAAUCGAGUCUCGGAAGCCUCCCACUACGACUCCUCCAACACAGAAUCCAGCUGGCUUUAUAGCAGCAUCCUCUGCCGACUUGCUUCGAGUUUUCGGAGCCGACUUUGGCCUCCUUAGCAUACAAGGCGAAGCUAGGGCUAUUGGGAAGUUAGAACCAUAUCGAGAGGCUUUGGCAAUUCUUGCAUAUUUGCAGAUGCACAGGUUCACGACUGUUCAUGCAUGCAAGAACAUCAAUAGCGAAUUCCCAGAUAUCAGCUAUCCUCCGGGCAUCCACACAUUAUCUGGGCUCUUGGUUGUCCCAUUGAGCAUUACAGGAAGUGACUUCCUUGUAUUCUUCCGCCGAGGGGAAUUACGGGAGGUCAGAUGGGCGGGCAAUCCAUAUGAGAAAGUAAACAAACCCGGGAGUGAAUACCUCGAACCAAGAAUGAGUUUCAAGCGCUGGACUGAGACCGUGCGGGGAAUGAGUAAGGAAUGGACUGAAGAUCAGAUGGAGACUGCUUCCGUUCUGAGCUUGCUUUACGGCAGGUUUAUCGAAAUAUGGAGGCAGAAAGAAUCUGCAGGGCAGAGAAACAGGAUGACGAGGUUGUUGAUCCAAAAUGCAGCCCACGAGGUUCGGACGCCACUCAACGCCAUCGUGAACUACCUAGAGAUGGCUCUGGAAAACAAGAUUGAUGACAACACACGAGAGAUCCUGGGGAAAGUAUCAACUGCCUCAAACUCACUUGUCUAUGUUAUAAAUGACCUCCUUUCCCUCACGAAGAUAGAGCAUGGCGUUGCUCCUUCCCGAGAAGACUCGUUCGACUUAACUGGAACAAUUCUGGAUACUCUAAACUCUUUCAAGCAUGAAGCGAUUAGAAAGGGCCUGGAUCUUACGGUGUCAGCACAUCAAGGCUUACCGGACAUGAUCAAAGGAGACCCCGCCCGUCUUCGCCAAGUCCUAUCUAACGUUACCAGCAAUGCUUUUCAACAUUCGGUAGAAGGCGGUAUCAAAGUCGAUAUCCGACCUAUCCGCAUAGAAGGAAACACUUCUAUCAUCAGCAUCACGGUUCAAGACAUGGGAAUUGGCAUGUCAGAGAGUCAACUAGAUGAUCUAUUCCAGGAAUUUGAGCAAGUCAAUGACGAAGAAAUAAUUACUAAUUCUAACACGCCAAUAUCCAUCGCAUGUGAGGGGGGUUCACUCGGCAUUGGGCUUGCUGUAGUUGCGCGCUAUGUCAAAAACCUAAAAGGGCAAAUCAGGGUACAGAGUGAACUGGGUAAAGGAACCAUCUUUGGCAUCGAGCUACCUUUUGAACACGCACCGGAAACAAGUCCUACAGCGCAAAUCGUCCCACCAUCGCCAGACGAGGCCCCUCAGCCCAAAACCGUACCUUUUGAAGGCGAUGCACCUGUUGUCACAGCGCAAUUUACCGGACAGACGAAAUCCAAGCUUAUCAGACCAACCAUACUUCCAGAUGGGGUCAUUUCACCCACACCAGAUUUGCAACAACCUGACAACAUGACCUCUGGGGACGAGCCAAGCGGCACACUAAGCAGUCAAUCAAGCACGGACCCUUCGUCAUCUAACUUUCCAUUUCCUCGGAUGGAUGGCGAGCCUCAAGGUCCUUGUCUCUCAGUUCUCAUCGCCGAAGAUAACCCCGUCAACGCGAAGGUACUCACCCGCAGGCUACAGAAGCUAGGCCAUGAGGUUGACCUGGCACUCGAUGGCCAGCAAUGCCGUGAUCAUUUUGCUUCGAACCCGCAGACUGUCGACGUUAUUCUUAUGGAUUUGCAGAUGCCAUUGGUAGACGGCGCAUCAUCCACAAAAAUGAUCCGUCAGUACGAGACAGAACUUAUCGAGGAGCUGAGACGUACUCGUCCACGAGUUCCUAUCAUCGCUGUGUCGGCUUCGCUCAUUGAGGACAAGAGAUAUGACUACGUGCAAAGCGGAUUCGACGCUUGGCUCUUGAAACCAAUUAACGUGCAGCGCUUAAGCCUUCUAUUAAGAGGAGUGAAGUCUCCUGAGCUGAGAAGAAACGCAUUAUAUACACCAGGGCAGUGGGAAAACGGCGGUUGGUUCUUGGCAUGACCGCGGCAACUGCAACGCGCUAUUCGAAGCACCUUUUUUCAUUAUUUAUAUAUUUACAGACGAUAUAAAAAGUCAUAUGGGUCAUUUAGGUGAUAUGGAGUAUACGAGGAACAAAGGAGCGGGGAUCUAUUUAUAAUAUUCCCCGGUAUUUACAUAUGAGGCUCUAUAUACAGGGCCAAGUCGUCUUCGGGGUCAUAGGGGUCGAAUGAUUUUGCGAUUUGCAUGGAGAGGAAGCAUGGGGGGUUUGCUAUGCAGCGAAUGUCGUUCUUGGCCUCGCAUAAAUAAAUAAACAUAUACACGCCG